AGUUUCUCAGCCAUAAACUAUGAAAACCAGAUAAGACGAUAAGCCCAUAUCCAUAUCAAACCAAACCAAACCAAACCUCCAUUACCACUUCACCACCAAUCCCACCUUCACUCACUCAUCACCAUGGCCUCUCCCACCCUCAUCACCCCCACCACCUCCACCCCUAAACCCCUCCUCUCCAUCCGCUGCAAACACUCCACCCCUUCCACCACCACAACCACCACCACCACCACCCACCGCCGCACCUUCUUAUCAUUAUCUGCCGUCAUAGCCCUCUCAUCCCCACUAUCUGCUACCACUCCGGCUGCAUUGGCUGCAUCCGAUGAAGAAUACACAAAAGAGACUCAAGAGGUGAUCAACAAGGUCAGGAACACAAUCAACAUGGACAAAACUGACCCGAACAUAGCAACUGCAGUGGCUGAGUUGAGAGAAACUUCCAACUCUUGGGUGGCUAAGUACCGGAGAGAGAAAACCCUACUUGGAAGGUUAUCUUUCCGGGACAUGUACUCGGCUUUGAACGCUGUCUCCGGCCACUAUGUUAAUUUUGGUCCCACUUCUCCGAUUCCGGCUAAAAGGAAGACCAGAAUAUUAGAAGAGAUGGACUCUGCGGAGAAGGCCUUGUUGAGGGGCAGAUAGAGAGCAUGCAAUGGAUCAUAUAUAUAUAUCAACUGUUGUUAGUACUCUUAUUUUUUGUAUAAGUUAUGAUUCUGAUAUAUAUAUGUUGUCAGGAGGUUUGUGAUGGGUUUGACACAAUGACAUAAUGAGGUUUGUGUUUUCUUAAUGCAAAAUCAUAUAUUUAUUUGAAGGAUUUAA